AUGGCGGGCCGGCCAGCUGUUUCAGCAUCAAGCAGGUGGCUGGAGGGUAUUCGAAAAUGGUAUUACAACGCUGCUGGGUUCAAUAAACUGGGCUUAAUGCGAGAUGACACAAUACAUGAGAAUAACGAUGUAAAAGAAGCCAUAAGAAGGCUUCCUGAGAACCUUUGUAACGACAGAGUGUUUCGCAUUAAGAGAGCACUGGACCUCAGCAUGAGGCAGCAGAUCCUGCCUACAGAGCAGUGGACAAAAUAUGAGGAGGAUAAAUUCUACCUUGAACCGUAUCUGAAAGAGGUUAUUCGGGAAAGAAAAGAGAGAGAAGAAUGGGCAAAGAAGUAA